AUUGAAAGGUUUGCUGGUCUAAUAUCCUGUGAUGAGUGAACAUGUUGCAGCCGUGGAGACCAAAGUGCCCAGGAUCCUGGAAUAAGAUGAGCAGUGUUGCUAGGAAGGCAAGUUGCAUUGCACUGUGGACUCUUUUUUUUUUUUUUUUGUGGAUGUUCCUGAUUCUUGAUGCGUUGAGAGAUCGUCUCAGCGUUACAAACGUGAUACCCGUCGCUCUUGAACCCCUGCAUCUCCUGUGAAUGAAGAGUGCUCCGCAUCCUUCCUCGGGGCCACCAGCAGAUGCAUCCUGCAGCUGCAUGCUUCUUCCUGUCUGCACUCAGGCCCUUUUGUCUGAAGACGUUGCUACAGCGAAGUUGGGACACCGGCUGAAUUUAAAUGGGGGCAGCUCUGAAUGGAGGAACGCUAGUAGGGCUGGCAGGAGACUCCAGUUUCCAAGCUGCUUGUGGAGCAUGGGUACAACUGCCAGUGCCGCACCGCAGCCGGUUUCCGUAGCGUCGCCCCUCGAGGGUGUCCAUGGCAACGGGAUGGCCGACAGCAGGCAGUCUCUUAGCAUGAGCCCCUUUCAGACAGUCAACAUCCACAACAACAAGGCCAAGUCCAUUAUCACCAACAAAGUCGCACCUGUCGUCAUCACAUAUAAUUGCAGACAGGAAUUUCAGAUUCACGAUGACAUCCUCAAGACCAACUACAAGCUCGGUCGGAUAUCGGACACUAUGCCCGAGCACUACCUGGUGCAGGGGGAGUACUUCUUGGUCCAGGACGUGUACAGCAAGGCAGAUGUCCUGAAUACCACGGCCAGCUACGGGGCCCCCAACUUCCGUCAAGUCAAGGGAUCCUACCCGCUGUAUGGGAUGGGUCAGCCGAGCCUGAAAGGCUUCAGACAGGUCCUCCAGCGGCUCCAGGGGCAAGGACACCAGGAGGUUAUAUUCUUCUGUGUAAGAGAGGAGCCGGUGGUUUUCCUGCACAAGGAUGACGACUUUGUGCCGUACACCCCCAGGAGGAAGGAAAACCUACACGAGAACCUACAUGGCCUGGAAAAGGAGGUGCUGGUGGAGAGCCUGGAGCUCACCAUCAGGAAGGAGCUCCACGACUUCGCCAAGCUCAAUGAAAAUAUCUUCUACGUCUACAAUGACAUUGAGUACUUUAAAGACGAGCCGCAGAAGAUCUUCAUCACGUGCGAGGAGGACAUCCAUGUGACUGAAGAGGUCUACAAGAGGCCCAUGUUCACCAUGCCGACCUACAGAUACUACAGGUUACCAUUGCCAACGGAGGGAUCACCAUUGGAAGAAGACUUUGACGCGUUUAUUAACAUACUCCGGGAGAGCCCCAGUCUGUGUCUGGGCCAUGAUGUGUCCCGGCCGCUGCCUGCGCUGCUCUUCAGCUGCCAGGUGGGCGUCGGCCGCACCAACCUCGCCAUGAUCCUGGGCACACUGGUCAUGAAUCGCCUGAGGGGUGAUUCACAACUGCCGUCUCCAGUCAAAGAGGCAGCAGCUUCAGAGCCCAAACCACUUUUCCAGGGGAUCCAGUCUCUAAUCAGCAAGCUGCCUAAUGGACAGCAGGUCAUGGAAGAGGUCGACCAAGCAAUUGCCCUGUGUUCAGAAAUGCACAACAUAAAAGAAGCAAUAUAUGAGAACAAGAGUAAACUGGAAGGGAUUGGUGAGGAUUAUCAAAUACAGGGAAGCAGUACCAAAGACUACUUUUUCAACCGAACCAUGCAGAGCUUGGAGCGCUACUUCUACUUGAUUGUAUUUAAUGCAUACCUUCAUGAACAGUAUCCUCUGGCCUUUCAGUCCAACUUCAGCCAGUGGAUGUGCUGCCAUGCUUGGCUGUAUAGACUGCUGGCCUGCAUGGACCUAUCAGAGCUGUCGGCCCCGGCUGAGCUGGUCACCAGGGGAGCCCGCAUCCUGGUCGCCGACGAGUACCUGGCUCCCGACGUGCUCGGUACCAUGAAGGAGAUGAAGGCGGUCAACUUCAGACGAGUGCCGAAGAUGCCUGUGUAUGGACUGGCCCAGCCAACAUCAGAGGCCACUGGAGCAGUUCUGGCCCAUUUGACGGAUGAGAAGAGGAAGCACAGCCACGUGUUGUGGGUAAACCUGCAGGAGGAGCUUGUGUUAGAAGGAAAUGGUCAGAUUUUCACACCGAGGGAACCCUUGUGCCUGGACCAGCACAUUCCUGUCCCGUCGUCCGACCCCCAGCUAAUAGAGAAACUGGAGACGUCCCUGAAGGAGGCGAUCCUUCGAGCUCAGAAGUGGCUGGAGGUGACGCUGGAGCAGGACAAACAGAUGAAGAUUUUUAAAAGCUGCCAGACGGUCCAGGAGACGUUCAACCAGCACAAGAGCUCCCACCGGGGCCUCGUCUACAAACGCAUCCCUCUGCCGGACUGCAGCGCGCCCAGGGAGGAGGAUUUUGAUAAGAUGAUGGAGGCCAUGAAAGGUGCCUUGGCUGAGGACUCGCACUCAGCCUUCGUUUUUAACUGCUCCAACGGCAAAGGCAGGACCACGACCGCCAUGGUCGUCGCUGUUCUGACGCUCUGGCACUUCAACGGUUUCCCAGAGUUUGCAGAAGACGAGAUUGUAAGUGUUCCAGAUGCCAAGUACACAAAAGGAGAAUUUGAGGUCGUGAUGCAGCUGGUUCGUCUGCUCCCCGAUGGUCACAGGAUGAAGAGGGAGGUGGACAUGGCCCUGGACUCUGUCAGCGAGACCAUGACACCCAUGCACUACCAUCUGAGAGAGAUCAUCAUCUGCACAUACAGACAGAUCAAAAGUGGUAAAACUGAGAAAGCGUGUCAGCAGCUGCUGCUGAGGAGCCUGCAGUGCCUGGAGCGCUACAUUUACCUCAUCCUCUUCAACACUUACCUGCAUCUGGAGAAGAAAGACUCCUGGCAGCGCUCCUUCACUCUCUGGAUGGAACAGGUGGCUGCCAGGGCCGGAGUUUAUGACAUCCUCAACCAGCUGGCCUUCUCCGAGUUCGAAAACCCGAGGGACACGCAUCUGGCCCGGCUGCGCUGCCGCUGGCAACGGCAAAACAUUCAGUCACUUCCUUUCCGAGGGGAGUUCAUUUGAGAAGAGGAUCACUGUGAACGCACCAAAACAGUACUGUGCUUUUCAGAAUAAAAGUCAUGGUUUUUAUAGUUUCUAUAUUUACCCCUGUAUUAUGCAUUUUUUUCUAUCUUUUUCAUUUUGUGGACGUUUUAUUGUUAAGUCUUUGCAGACUGUUACUCCUAUUCUCUAGGUUGAUAUUUGUGCCUUUGCUCCUUUUUUUUUUUUUAAUUGUAGAUCAUAGAAUUGACUAAUAUUUAUGUUACUUAUGUGUUCCUUUUUGAGUUCUCUCUUUUGAAGAUGUGACAGCCUUUUGGACUUCUGUUACCAAGACAGAAGUCCAAUGUAGUUUGGGAGGUUGAGGAGCGAAUUCCAUUUCUGUUGUCACCUCACAGUAUGUCACAGCUGUUUGCUGUUGUGUGACCCCUUUUCAGCACAGCCGUCACCAGUGGAUCACCAGUGUGCAUUCGUCUGACUUGAGGUCUCCAAUUUUUCAGAAGAUGACCCCGUGUACACAGUUGCGUGUCCGUCUGCUCUUCCUUUUUAUUUUAUACGUGUCAUCACGCAGGUACAGCAUUUUAGUUCAGUUUGAUUUCACUCUAAAGCUGUAAAUGUAUCUCUGUUUUUCGCUUCUGCAAACAUUGGAGGGGUGUUGCUUGAACAGGAAAAUGCCUUUUUCCUUUAAAGAUACAAUCUUCCAAUUUUAAAAUCUGGCGCGCAUAUUACCCACAAUGCAAACCGACCGCCGACAGUACAGUACAGUACUGCUCCCCGAGACCUGUAAACACACUUUGAUGUGUAAAAUUGGCAUUUGAGUUCCCCUUUAAUCAGCGUCACGACUUCACGACGCCUGCCAGUAAAGGUUUUUUCAAAUUCAGUGACAUUACCAGUCAUCAGGAAUCAAAGUAAACGUCUGGCUGUAAAAAAGCCCGGCCUCGCAAACACCUGGGCUCAAGGAAACAUUUGGUAUCAAUCGAUGAAUGGUAAACAUACCCUUUAACAAAGGGUAUAUGAAGACAAAGCUGCCCGACUCACUGUCCAGGACGAUAGAUGAUAAUGUAAUUGUAUUGUCAGACACAGGGCAGCAGGUCUCUUCUAUCCAACAAAAGCCAAUUAUUGUUUUAGCGCGUGUACAUGUCCAGAAUACAGUAAGUUUUACUGUACAGUGUUAUUCUUCCCUUUUUUUAACGUCCUUUUUGUUUUGGUAUUUUGUUAUUCUUCAAUCUGUUAACAUGUAGCUUCAAGUGCGCUGUAAAAUAUGAAUCCUGCCUUAAAACCAGAGAUCCUUCCCCCUCGAUGCCUUUCACUACGAUCUGUUCUAUUCUGUUAAUGUGCCACAUCAUUUGCACUGUAUAUAACUGAUCCAGACUAAUUGAGCAAAAAAGAUUGUGAUGAUUUUAAAAUGAAAUGGAAAUGGAAACAGUUUUUUAUGCUGUAGAGACUUGUGUGCAGGUCGUGAUAACACCUUAAUGUCUUAGCUAUGCUCUUAAUUUAAUUUAGUUGUUGUUUUGGGGGGGUUUUUUGGUUUUUACUUCAUAGAAGCAAUGCCUAAUCAUUUUUUGACUUUAUGUGUCAUUUAUUUUCUUUUUGAGGGGUUAAAAUAAAUAAUUCAAAUAGUUUUAA